GGGCCGCAGCCCGGCUCGUUCCGCCGCCGAAAAGGCGCCCGCUGCCACGGUGCCGCAGCUGCCGCGCCCCCUCCCUUCGGCCGGUCCCCGCUUUGCGGGGUUGCCCGCUGGGCCUGCUCCCGCCAUGGCGACCAAGAAAGGGGGCUCGCGGCUGGAGACGGAGAUCGAGAGGUGCCGGUCCGAGUGCCAGUGGGAAAGGAUCCCAGAACUCGUCAAGCAGCUUUCCGCCAAGCUCAUAGCUAACGAUGAUAUGGCAGAACUACUCCUCGGAGAAUCCAAGCUAGAACUUUUUUUGAAAGCGAACCCUCUAAAACAGGGGGCAAGUCCCUGUGGUCCCCGACCAAAAUUAGUUGAAGUCAGGAAGCAUCUCACCGCAGCACUUGAUCGUGGAAAUUUAAAGCCAGAGUUCUUACAAGAAGCCCAUUUAGUUAUGGCCAAAUUAAAUUAUAUGGAAGGUGAUUACAAAGAAGCUCUUAAUACUUACGCUAAAGUGGGAAUUGAUGACUUGCAGCUUGCUGCUGUACCUCCUUAUCGCUUAAGAAUGAUUGCUGAAGCAUAUUCAACCAAAGGUCUUUGUCUAGAAAAAUUACCAAUAUCCUCUUCAACAAGCAACCUCAAUGCAGACCGUGAACAGGAAAUUAUAAUGUGCUAUGAGAAGGCUGGGGAUAUAGCCCUUCUGUAUCUCCAGGAAAUAGAAAGGGUAAUAAUUGCCAAUAUGCAGAACAGAAGUCCUAAGCCUGGAUCUGGAACACAUGAACAAGAACUUGGAUAUUUUUUAGAAACUGGACUUCAGAGGGCCCAUGUCUUAUACUUCAAAAAUGGGAAUUUGACAAGAGGAGUUGGUAGAUUUAGAGAGAUCUUAAGAGCUGUUGAAACAAGAACUACACAGAAUCUACGCAUGACAAUAGCAAGGCAGUUAGCUGAAAUUUUACUCCGUGGCAUGUGUGAACAGAGCUACUGGCACCCUCUGGAUGACCCUCCUCAACAGUCUCCUUUAAACGAUCCACUCUGGAAAAUUGCAAACACUAAAAAUUAUGCUCUUAGCAGAAGACCUCGUGUGUAUUCAGGAGAAAACAUUUUUUGUCCUCAAGAGAAUACUGAAGAAGCUUUGUUGCUGCUACUAAUCAGUGAAUCCAUGGCUAAUCGUGAUGCUGUAUUGAGCAGAAUACCCGAACACAAAAAUGAUCGUAUUAUCAGUUUGCAAAGUGCAUCUGUAGUGUAUGAUUUGCUUACCAUUGCCUUGGGAAGAAGAGGUCAAUAUGAAAUGCUCUCAGAGUGUUUGGAACGGGCUAUGAAAUUUGCCUUUGAAGAAUUCCAUCUUUGGUACCAAUUUGCACUUUCAUUAAUGGCAGCAGGAAAAUCUGCUCGAGCUGUGAAAGUCUUAAAAGAAUGUAUUCGGUUGAAGCCAGAUGAUCCUACGAUUCCACUUCUUGCUGCUAAAUUAUGUAUGGGAACCCUUCAUUGGUUAGAAGAGGCAGAAAGAUUUGCCAGAAUGGUGGUUGAUGUGGGGGACAAAACAUCAGAAUUCAAAGCCAAAGGUUUUUUAGCCCUAGGAUUGACCUACAGCCUACAAGCUACAGAUGCUUCCUUGAGAGGAAUGCAAGAGGUCCUGCAGCGAAAGGCUCUUCUAGCAUUUCAAAGGGCGCAUACUUUGUCUCCAACUGAUCAUCUGGCAGCCUUUUAUUUAGCUUUACAGUUUGCUAUUUCUCGACAGAUACCAGAAGCUUUGGGUUACGUUCGUCAGGCUCUGCAGCUUCAAGGUGAUGAUGCUAAUUCUUUACAUCUCCUUGCCCUCUUGCUGUCAGCUCAGAAACACUACCAUGAUGCUCUGAAUAUCAUUGACAUGGCCUUGAGUGAAUACCCAGAAAAUUUUAUAUUAUUAUUUUCCAAAGUCAAAUUGGAAUCACUCUGCAGGGGCCCUGAUGAGGCACUUCUUACUUGUAAACAUAUGUUGCAGAUCUGGAAAUCUUGUUACAAUCUUACUAAUCCCAGUGAUUCUGGACGUGGCAGCAGUUUAUUGGACAGAGCCAUUGCUGACAGGCGACAGCUCAAUACAAUUACUCUCCCAGAUUUCAGUGAUCCUGAAACAGGUUCGAUCCAUGCGACAUCAAUAGCAGCCUCUAGAGUGGAGCAGGCACUAUCAGAGGUGGCUUCGUCUUUGCAGAGUAGUACUCCAAAGCAGGGUCCUCUGCAUCCUUGGAUGACUUUGGCUCAGAUCUGGCUUCAUGCAG